AUGGACACCUUGGAGCUGCAAACUCAAGAAAAUAUUGGAGGCAGCAAAAGAGUAGUUGCAAUACAUGAAAGUUCACCCUCCAUUAAUGAAAGCAAACAUUUUGAUCUUGAUCAUGACCCUCAAGAGGAGAAACCUGGAUGGAGAAAAUUCUUGUUCUUCAUUGGACCUGGUUUUCUUGUUUCAAUGGCAUAUGUCGACCCCGGAAAUUUGGAAACUGACUUGCAAGCUGGAGCAAACCAUGGAUAUGAGCUAUUGUGGAUCAUCUUCAUUGGAUUAAUCUUUGCUCUAAUUACACAAUCUUUGGCCGCAAACCUUGGUGUAACCACUGGAAAACAUUUAUCAGAGUUGUGCAAGGCUGAAUAUCCUAAAUAUGUGACAUACUCCCUGUGGUUGCUAGCAGAGGUUGCUGUCAUAGCUGCUGAUAUUCCUGAAGUCAUUGGGACAGCAUUUGCACUUAACAUAUUGUUCCACAUCCCAGUGUGGGUUGGAGUUCUUUGUACUGGGAUGAGCACUCUCUUACUUCUCGGCCUGCAAAAAUAUGGAGUGAGGAAGCUUGAAUUGGUGGUUUCAGUUCUAGUAUUCGUCAUGGCUGCAUGUUUUCUUGGAGAAUUAAGUUAUGUAAAGCCUCCAGCAAGAGAUGUGCUUAAGGGCAUGUUUGUUCCGAAGCUCAAUGGUAAUAGUGCCACAGGCGAUGCCAUUGCUUUAUUAGGGGCACUCGUAAUGCCGCAUAACCUCUUCCUGCAUUCAGCUCUCGUGCUUUCUCGAAAAAUACCAAAAUCAGAGCGGGGCAUCAAUGAUGCAUGUCGAUUCUUUCUCAUAGAAAGUGGAUUUGCAUUGUUUGUGGCCUUUUUAAUCAAUGUUGCAGUUAUAUCUGUAUCCGGAGCCGUUUGCUCAGGAGAGAACCUUUCACGAGAAAGAAUUGAGAGUUGCAAUGAUCUUACUCUUAACUCUGCCUCUUUCCUUCUGAAGUUACCAAUUGUUUCAAUAAUUGGUGGAUCUUCCGGGGCUGGAUGGCUCAUUAUAAUAGCUUCAAUGAUCCUUUCUUUUGAACUACCAUUUGCCCUCAUCCCUCUUCUUAAGUUUAGCAGCAGUACCACAAAGAUGGGCCCUUACAAGAACUCCAUUUAUAUAAUCGUGAUUUCCUGGAUUUUGGGGCUAGGAAUCAUUGCCAUCAAUAUAUACUACCUCAGCACAGACUUUGUUGGAUGGCUAAUUCAUAACAGUUUAUCAAAAGUAGGCAAUGUGUUCAUCGGAAUCCUGGUAUUUCCCUUGAUGGCAGUCUACAUUGUUGCUGUAUUCUAUCUUAUGUUUCGAAAAGACACGAUUGACACGUUCAAAGAACCGGAAAAGUAUGAUCCAAAUGCUCAAAUUCAUAUGGAGGAUGGAAGUCUUAAUCGAGAUCAUGGAGAUCAUAUUCCAUAUAAGAAGGAGUUAGUAGACAUUCCACUUCCUGAAUAA